AUGCUUGAUCCUGAUGGAUUUCUUCCAACAGACGGGGAAGGACCAGAGAAGUUUACUAAAACUGAACAACGAUGGGCGAACAACUAUGAAUGGUUGAAAACACGUGGAUAUCUUUUGCGUCCCCGAUACGCUCCCAACUGGGUGCCGUCGUGGAAGGGCGAGAAGAAACCAAAACCCUCUUUAUUUUAUGAAGAUGGGCAGAUGCCUUUCCGAAGCAGCAUAAUGGACGCAACUCGUCUUAGCGACAAUACAUACGUCAUUCUGAAACUGAUUCAAAAAUCUGUACACCCGUAUGAGGUAGAGAUAGGCCAACAUCUGUGCUCAGAAGCCCUCGCCGCCGACCCAGCGAAUCAUUGCGUCCCGACGCUUGACGUUUUACAAUUACCGGAUGAAGAGGAUCUCUUCAUUCUGAUCAUUCCAUUGCUGCGGUAUUAUAUAAAUCCACCGUUUAAAACGUUUGGGGAGGCUGUGGAGUGUUUUCGCCAGUUGUUUGAGGGCUUACAAUUCAUGCAUUCUCAUCGAGUUGCUCAUCGCGACUGCAUGAGUUUGAAUAUAAUGAUGGACGCAGAUCUACUGUACAAGGGUCCAUUUCAUCCCAUGCAACCUGUCAUGAGGCGCGACUUUAAAGGCUACGCAAAGCAUUACACUCGGACACAGCGUCCCGUAAAAUACCUAUAUAUCGACUUUGGCAUAUCUCGCCGAUACGAUCCUUCAGAGGCUAAACCCACGGAAAUUCCCAUCUUUGGAGGGGACAAACGUGUACCCGAAUUUCAGAACUCGAAUGAACCUCGAGACCCGUUUCCUACUGACGUAUGGUACCUUGGGAGGGCCAUUCAGCAAGACUUUUUACUACCUCGCAAAGGAUUUGAGUUCAUGAAGGAAUUAAUAGAUGAUAUGGUACAAGAUGAUCCUGCCAAACGGCCCAGCAUGGAUGAGGUGGUUUCGCGGUAUGAAGUCAUCUCUAAGGGUCUCAGCACAUGGAAGCUACGAUCACGGGUGAAGUCUGUUAACGAGAAUUCCUUAACAGCUAUAUUCCGAGGUGUUGUCCAUUGGAGCCUUCAUCUUCAGUAUUUGUUACGGCGCCUGCCCGCAAUACCUACAUAUCGUCCAGAUGUGUAG